AGUAUCGUCUCCCUCCAAUCCCAUCCAUUACUUUACCAACCAAUUGCCAUUGUAAUAGUUCAGAAAAAAAUUGCCUUCGCCCCAUUGUUAUAGAACUCUCUGUGUCUCACCCUCUGAGUGGUUCUGUCUCGGGUAAGUGACAAUGGAGCAGCAAAGGAACCAGAAGAUGGCACAAGAACAACAUGUUGAAGUGGAAGAGAUACAGCAUGGCCCUUUCCCUGUCGAACAGCUUCAGGCAUCAGGCAUUGCUUCAAUUGAUAUUAAAAAGCUUAAAGAUGCGGGUCUCUGCACUGUUGAAUCUGUUGCUUACUCUCCCCGGAAAGAUCUCCUGCAAAUCAAAGGAAUCAGCGAGGCUAAAGUUGACAAGAUCGUCGAAGCAGCUUCCAAGCUAGUGCCUUUGGGUUUUACUAGUGCUACCCAACUCCAUGCCCAAAGGCUUGAAAUUAUUCAAAUAACCUCCGGAUCAAGAGAGCUUGACAAGGUCUUGGAAGGAGGAAUUGAGACAGGAUCUAUUACUGAGAUCUAUGGCGAGUUCCGCUCUGGGAAGACUCAACUGUGUCACACACUCUGUGUCACUUGCCAACUUCCAUUAGAUCAAGGAGGCGGCGAAGGAAAAGCAAUGUACAUCGAUGCAGAAGGCACAUUCAGGCCACAGAGACUCUUACAGAUAGCUGACAGGUUUGGACUAAAUGGUGCUGAUGUCUUGGAGAAUGUGGCCUAUGCUAGAGCAUAUAACACUGAUCAUCAGUCUAGGCUUUUGCUUGAAGCUGCUUCAAUGAUGGUAGAAACCAGGUUUGCACUUAUGAUCGUAGACAGUGCUACUGCUCUCUACAGAACAGAUUUCUCUGGAAGGGGGGAACUUUCAGCACGGCAAAUGCAUCUUGCAAAGUUUCUCCGGAGCCUUCAGAAGUUGGCAGAUGAGUUUGGUGUGGCUGUUGUCAUCACAAACCAAGUAGUUGCACAAGUGGAUGGUUCUGCAAUUUUCGCUGGGCCUCAAAUCAAGCCUAUUGGUGGUAACAUUAUGGCUCAUGCUUCCACGACAAGGCUUGCACUGCGUAAAGGAAGAGGAGAAGAGCGCAUCUGUAAAGUAAUAAGCUCUCCUUGUUUGGCUGAAGCUGACGCACGGUUUCAGAUUUCUGCAGAAGGUGUAACCGAUGUCAAGGACUGAUCCAUUUCUGCCAUCAUUUCCCAAAACUUUUGCCAAGUCCUGUUCAUCAUAUGUUCUUGUAUCUUUUUAAUGGAUCUGCAAGCUAGCGAUCUUUGUAAUUUUGUUUACAGGUGCUUCAAUUUUAAUAGCUAUUCUGAAGCUUUGCAGGUGUUCUUUUUGGGCUGCCAUUUAACCAUGUCUCUUUUUCCUUCUU